GUUCGCCAAAAUGGCGGAUUCUUGCAAGCGUUUUAAGGCAUGCAAAAUUCGCGUUAAUACGCAGUCAACAAAGGGAAAAAAAACUACAAGACAUGUGCGUUUAAAUUCAAAGAACUAUUGCAAGAUUUCUCAGGAGUCAAGUUCGAGUAAGCAGAAGUUUUUCACAACGGGAAUGGAAGAAGAACAUGUUGAUGGUUCAAAUAUCGACGAUAUAAAUAGCAGCCAUGAAAGUGAUGACCAAGCUUUUUCUAGUCUUUCACGAUAUCACUUGCGCCGGGUGAAAGAGUAUCACAGUUGGGAAGAUGUGAGGGGGUCUCUUUUGUAAGCACGCAUUGAGGAAGAAGCUUUUUGUGACGAAAGUAUAAUGUGCAUCGAGUGCCAUAACAACUUCGCUGUUUGUCGCUGCGUGGAUUGUGGUCCUAGACAGUUGUUUUGCAUCAACUGCGCGAAAACUAUCCACGAACAACGCAACGUCUUUCACCUACUUGAAAUUUUCAAGGAUGGUUGUUUUGUUCCUUUAUUUGUUAAUCAUGGUGUUUUGACUCUUGAUCACCAAAGAAAUUGUCCAACUGCACAAGCACAAAACAUUAUUUGUAUUGAUGAAAAAGGGCAUCAACACUUGAAAUGGAUCAACUUUUGUAACUGUGAAGAUGCUGCAGUUACACUUGUAAAGUUCCAAUUAUGGCCAGGAUCAGCUGUUAGACCUCAGGUUGCAUUUCAUUUUAAGUUGGUUACACUUGCUGAGACACUUCUAUUGGAAUGCCAUGUAUCGUUAAAGAAAUUUUGUGAUGUGUUGGGCCUCAAUAAGUCCAAUAUGCUUCCUGUUUGGGUUAAGAAUCUCUAUAAAAUAUUGAAUGAUGAUUCUUUUGAUGAAUUUAGAUAUCACCAACAUUUGUUCAAAACAAUGAAACAAUUUGUCUUGCAACAAAAACCUGACAAUGUUUGCCCGUUAUGUCCUUUGCAGAGUGAAACUGAUACUGACAAGAAUGUUGCCAUUGAGUGCAUGGAUGGAUGUUUUAGGCUUGUGAGAGAAAAGUCUGCUGAUGCGAAUCUUUUACCUGCCAGACACAAUGGUACAUUUUUUGCCAAUCAGGAUGAUGUCAGGUUACUGGUGAUUGUACUGUAA